AUGAGUGAUUUAAUGGCAAGAAAGGGUGAUUUACAUGCAGAAAAUUUUGGAACAUAUAUGGAUAAUCAUGGUAUUCUGAAUUUUGACGUUAACGACUUUGACGAAGAUUAUGUCGGUACAUUUACAUGGGAUGUUAAACGUUUAUUAGCUUCGCUUAAUUUAGUUUGCCAUAGGAAAUGUUUUUCAGAUGAAGAAAUCAAACGUAUACUUAUUAUUUGUGUUGAAGAAUAUUUAAAACAAAUUUAUGAAUUUUGUAAACAUACAAAAAAUGAAUUUGCAUUAACAUUAAGAAAUACUUCAGGGAAAAUAAAAGAAUUAUUAAAUAAAGCUCGUAUUAAAACUAAUACUGA